AAUCGCCGGCAGCCUAUGACAUCAGACAGGAACGCCUGGGAUGCCGCGCUGCUCCUGGCCAACCUCCGAGGAGGAGGAGGGUCCCGCCGGCUAAGAGUUAAUUAGCCCCGCACGGCGAGGGGGGAGGCGCCAGUUUUCUGGGGACACUGGCUGCCACUGUACUCCUACCCAGGGGAGCUCACGGAGAGUUGGAUGAAUUCUGGGUUGUUAGCUGCGGUCAGCUGGGCUCCCGGGAGCCUGUUGCUGGUGGAGAACAGGGGGCGCCUGGCCAAGGGACCAGCGGCUUGCUGAGACUCAACAUGACACUCCUGGGGUCUGAGCAUUCCUUGCUGAUUAGGAGCAAGUUCAGAUCAGUUUUACAGUUAAGACUUCAACAAAGAAGGACCCAGGAACAACUGGCUAACCAAGGCAUAAUACCACCACUGAAACGUCCAGCUGAAUUCCAUGAGCAAAGAAAACAUUUGGAUAGUGACAAGGCUAAAAAUUCCCUGAAGCGCAAAGCCAGAAACAGGUGCAACAGUGCCGACUUGGUUAAUAUGCACAUACUCCAAGCUUCCACUGCAGAGAGGUCCAUUCCAACUGCUCAGAUGAAGCUGAAAAGAGCCCGACUCGCCGAUGAUCUCAAUGAAAAAAUUGCUCUACGACCAGGGCCACUGGAGCUGGUGGAAAAAAACAUUCUUCCUGUGGAUUCUGCUGUGAAAGAGGCCAUAAAAGGUAACCAGGUGAGUUUCUCCAAAUCCACGGAUGCUUUUGCCUUUGAAGAGGACAGCAGCAGCGAUGGGCUUUCUCCAGAUCAGACUCGAAGUGAAGACCCCCAAAACUCAGCGGGAUCCCCGCCAGACGCUAAAGCCUCAGAUACCCCUUCGACAGGUACUCUGGGGACAAACCAGGAUCUUGCUUCUGGCUCAGAAAAUGACAGAAAUGACUCAGCCUCACAGCCCAGCCACCAGUCAGAUGCGGGGAAGCAGGGGCUUGGCCCCCCCAGCACCCCCAUAGCCGUGCAUGCUGCUGUAAAGUCCAAAUCCUUGGGUGACAGUAAGAACCGCCACAAAAAGCCCAAGGACCCCAAGCCAAAGGUGAAGAAGCUUAAAUAUCACCAGUACAUUCCCCCAGACCAGAAGGCAGAGAAGUCCCCUCCACCUAUGGACUCAGCCUACGCUCGGCUACUCCAGCAACAGCAGCUGUUCCUGCAGCUCCAAAUCCUCAGCCAGCAGCAGCAGCAGCAGCAACACCGAUUCAGCUACCCAGGGAUGCACCAAGCUCAGCUUAAGGAACCAAAUGAACAGAUGGUCAGAAAUCCAAACUCUUCUUCAACGCCACUGAGCAAUACCCCCUUGUCUCCUGUCAAAAACAGUUUUUCUGGACAAACUGGUGUCUCUUCUUUCAAACCAGGCCCACUCCCACCUAACCUGGAUGAUCUGAAGGUCUCUGAAUUAAGACAACAGCUUCGAAUUCGGGGCUUGCCUGUGUCAGGCACCAAAACGGCUCUCAUGGACCGGCUUCGACCCUUCCAGGACUGCUCUGGCAACCCAGUGCCGAACUUUGGGGAUAUAACGACUGUCACUUUUCCUGUCACACCCAACACGCUGCCCAAUUACCAGUCUUCCUCUUCUACCAGUGCCCUGUCCAACGGCUUCUACCACUUUGGCAGCACCAGCUCCAGCCCCCCGAUCUCCCCAGCCUCCUCUGACCUGUCAGUCGCUGGGUCCCUGCCGGACACCUUCAAUGAUGCCUCCCCCUCCUUCGGCCUGCACCCGUCCCCAGUCCACGUGUGCACGGAGGAAAGUCUCAUGAGCAGCCUGAACGGGGGCUCUGUUCCUUCUGAGCUGGAUGGGCUGGACUCCGAGAAGGACAAGAUGCUGGUGGAGAAGCAGAAGGUGAUCAAUGAACUCACCUGGAAACUCCAGCAAGAGCAGAGGCAGGUGGAGGAGCUGAGGAUGCAGCUUCAGAAGCAGAAAAGGAAUAACUGUUCAGAGAAGAAGCCGCUGCCUUUCCUGGCUGCCUCCAUCAAGCAGGAAGAGGCUGUCUCCAGCUGUCCUUUUGCAUCCCAAGUACCUGUGAAAAGACAAAGCAGCAGCUCAGAGUGUCACCCGCCGGCUUGUGAAGCUGCUCAACUCCAGCCUCUUGGAAAUGCUCAUUGUGUGGAGUCCUCAGAUCAAACCAAUGUACUUUCUUCCACAUUUCUCAGCCCCCAGUGUUCCCCUCAGCAUUCACCGCUGGGGGCUGUGAAAAGCCCACAGCACAUCAGUUUGCCCCCAUCACCCAACAACCCUCACUUUCUGCCCUCAUCCUCCGGGGCCCAGGGAGAAGGGCACAGGGUCUCCUCGCCCAUCAGCAGCCAGGUGUGCACUGCACAGAAUUCAGGAGCACACGAUGGCCAUCCUCCAAGCUUCUCUCCCCAUUCUUCCAGCCUCCACCCGCCCUUCUCUGGAGCCCAAGCAGACAGCAGUCAUGGUGCCGGGGGCAACCCUUGUCCCAAAAGCCCACGUGUACAGCAAAAGAUGGCUGGUUUACACUCUUCUGAUAAGGUGGGGCCAAAGUUUUCAAUUCCAUCCCCAACUUUUUCUAAGUCAAGUUCAGCAAUUUCAGAGGUAACACAGCCUCCAUCCUAUGAAGAUGCCGUAAAGCAGCAAAUGACCCGGAGUCAGCAGAUGGAUGAACUCCUGGACGUGCUUAUUGAAAGCGGAGAAAUGCCAGCAGACGCUAGAGAGGAUCACUCAUGUCUUCAAAAAGUCCCAAAGAUACCCAGAUCUUCCCGAAGUCCAACUGCUGUCCUCACCAAGCCCUCGGCUUCCUUUGAACAAGCCUCUUCAGGCAGCCAGAUCCCCUUUGAUCCCUAUGCCACCGACAGUGAUGAGCAUCUUGAAGUCUUAUUAAAUUCCCAGAGCCCCCUAGGAAAGGUGAGUGAUGUCACCCUUCUAAAAAUUGGGAGUGAAGAGCCUCACUUUGAUGGGAUAAUGGAUGGAUUCUCUGGGAAGGCUGCAGAAGACCUCUUCAAUGCACAUGAGAUCUUGCCAGGCCCCCUCUCUCCAAUGCAGACACAGUUUUCACCCUCUUCUGUGGACAGCAAUGGGCUGCAGUUAAGCUUCACUGAAUCUCCCUGGGAAACCAUGGAGUGGCUGGACCUCACUCCGCCAAAUUCCACACCAGGCUUUAGCACCCUCACCACCAGCAGCCCCAGCAUCUUCAACAUCGAUUUCCUGGAUGUCACUGAUCUCAAUUUGAAUUCUUCCAUGGACCUUCACUUGCAGCAGUGGUAGAAUGCCCAGUGCACCAGUGCUAUGGAAGACCAAUGGAGUUCCAUGGGGGAAAGCACACAGCCAUACAUACUUUACUGUCCAAAAACAGAAGAAGAAGAAGAGAAUUAAAAAGAAGCAAUGAUUUCUGUGCCAAUGAACAAGAACAAAAGUCAUUUUUAGAAAUACAUAUACUGCAAUAUUUACCAACAGUCAGUAACUGUUAAUGAUUUCAACAAUGCAUUAAAAGAAUGUGCUUUCUCAGAUUAAGGAUGCCAAAAAAGAUAUUUCACUGCCUUUUCAAAGACCAGUAUAUUUUCUAGCCCAUAAUUUUUCUCAGGCAUUGUUGGGGCAUAAGCUCACACUGUAAGCUUUUCUCAUGAAUUCACUAGACAUAACGUGGAAGGAAAACGUAGUCUUUUGGGAGUACAGGGAAGCCAGCCCCUCAAAGCUUAUGGAAGACAUACCUGCAAUGGAAGCUGUUGCCCAAUGUCUCCAUUACUAUCUUUCAAAAGAGAAGCCAGACCCAGCUUCAGAUCAAAAGUUCUUGAGACAGAGGAACAAAACCAAUCUAUUUCCAGGGAAGCUAAUCAACUCUAUUUUCCCUCUACCACAAAACUGCCCUGCUGGAGUGGUUCUGAACCUGUACCCAGGACUCGAUGUGGUCACUAAUAACAAUUAACCUGAACUGAGUCCACAGAACUCCACUCAGAACUUUCUUCUUUUUUAACCAGUGGCCCAACCAUUCCCACCAUCUCUGUGCUGAUAAGUACGUGUCCUAGAUGAGAACCCUGAAGGAUGCAGACCUUCUUCCCCUGAAGGAGAUGCCACAAGCUCUCCAACACAGCCCCCUUUAGUUCCAAAGACUAGAGAUGACCACAUUGGUAGAAGUAUAUCUCAAGGCACAGGAAGGAAGCCCUACCAGGGAUAAUUCAGACAGGACUAGAGAAUAACAUCAUUUCACACACCCUGGGAUAAACACCCUGGGUUCCUAUAAAAGGACUAUUACUUAUGGGAGUCCAACUUCUCCUUUUGUUUUGUUAUUAUCAGUUUAUCUUUCUCCCACUCCACUUUUCCUUAAAGGUACCAAUGGUUUCCUGUUCCUCGUUUGGCCAUCUUUCUUUUUCUGCCCCAACAUUGGGAGGGGAGGACUUCUCAGUUCUAACAAGCUGCCAUACUCCUAAGAAAGCCAUUUUUGAAAAAUUCAACAAUCCAGGUUCUUCUGGAGAACUCAUUCUCCACACGCACAGUUUGCUGCAAAAGGAAGUUGCAAGAAUUUCUUGAGGAAGAAACUGGUGACUUGGUCCAUCAGUCACGAAGUUCUUUCUAUUCUCGUUUAGUUUUCAAGAAAUUAUUGGUUUGUGUUGCUCUGGGGAAAUUGGAAAUCAUUACAUUGUAAAGACAAAUAUGGAUGAUAUUUACAGGAGAGAAUUUCAGAUCUGGGUUUUUGAAAGAAAACAGAAUUGCACAUUGAAAACGACGGAAGGAAAAAGACAGUGGUCUAAUGUGCAUUCCUCAUUACCUCUCGUGGCUUUGGCUGGGAGUUGGAAAAAGCUAAAAUUUCAGGACAGUCUCUGUAAGGCUCACUGUGGCUCCAGUUCACCAUUUUAUAUUGUUGCAUGCUGUAGAAAGGAGCUAUUGCUGUUGUUUUGUUUUUUUAUUUAAAUCACUAAGGCACUGUUUUUAUCUUUUGUAAAAAAAAAAAAAGUUGUUCACUGUGCACUUAUAGAAAAAGUAAUCAAAAAUGUUGUGAUUUUAGAAGCUCUCUUUUUGAUAAACCAAAGAUUUAGAAGUCAUUCCAUUGUUAACUUGUAAAAAUGUGUGAACACAGAGAGUUUUUGGUGAUUGCUACUCUGAAAGCUGCCAGAUCUUAUUCUGGGGGUGGGAUGUGGAGGAAUACACAUACACACACAAACAUACAUGUAUGUAUAAUAGAUAUAUACAUAUGUGUAUAUUAUAUCUGUGUGUGCAUGAAUCUUCAAAAGCGGCGUUACAGAGUUCUACACCAAAAGCCUUUAACCCUUAAUCUGCUGUGAAUGAUACCUGGCCUUUCUCACUAUGAAUUUCUGAUUAACCAACCAGACUACACGUUGCCUCUCUGUGUAUGACUAACGGCUCCAACCCGAUGACUCACAGCUACUUGCUUAUCGUGAACAAGCUCAUCUUGGCAAUGAAUAUGGAUGUGAAAAGACAGAACAGCUUCACCAUUAGUAGCUGGAAAUGGUAUCACAGUCUCUUAUAGAGGAAUAUGAAAGGAACAAGAAAAUCAUUUUACAUUCCUUUAUCUGUAUUGUGCUUUAAAAGAUCCACAUGGUAAAUUUUUUAUUUUGCUUUUAUGUCAGUCAUCAGAACCAAAAAAAUCCAGAGGAAAAAAUUGCCAGUGUUUCCUUUGAAGAUGAAGCUACUGGGGAAGAAAACCUUAUUAAUACACUCCACACAUUUGUUCAUUCCUCA